AUUUAUUAGGUAUACCGUAUAGGAAGUAGGAACAAAAGACGAAUUGCGUCUCACGUAAGCAUCUAGCUAUCAUAUUAGAUAUUUCGGAAUGCCGCAAACUUUCCAGGUUCUUAAAUGCUACAAAUGCUCAAUAUUUCAGGUUCAUUUAGAAAAGAAAAGCAAUAAAUGGGAGUGUAAACUUUGUAGUGAAAAGCAGUCCAUCAAGAGACAUUAUGGUUUUGGAACAGCUCUGGAAUGUAGGGGUCAUGUACAAAAAUUAAAUUCAAUGCAGGGUAAUAAGUGUGAUACUGUAACACAACUUGAUUUAGACAGUGAUGAUGAUUUUGAAUGUAUUCAGAAAGACAGAAAACAAUGUUAUUCAAAACGAAAAAGCAAAUGGUUGGCAUUCAUUGAUGAAAAUGACGAUAAAUCUGACUCAGACCAACAAUCUGACUGUAAUAUAGAUAUCCCUGUGCAAGUUGCUAAGAAACAGAAACAUGAACUAUAUAAAAUAGAAGUAAAUGAAAAUGAGCAUGUCAGGUCUAAUAUUUUUAAUAGUAAAUCUAAAGAUAUUAUACAGUCUCAAAUACAAAAUUCUAAGAUGAAAUCAAACAAAUGGUCAGCUUUUGUCUCCGAUGAUAUAUCCGUUAGUAGUUCAAUUAGAGAACAAAUUCCAAGAAAACAAUGUGAACUAUAUGAGGGUGAUGAUGAUGAGUACACCAAUAAAUAUAAUGAGAAAUAUUAUCCCAAACGAGACCAUAAUAUAAAAUCAAAUAAAUGGUCUGCCUUUGUGUCUGAUGAUGCAAGUGUAAAUGAUAAUUGUUCUAAGACAAGCCAAAGACACUUAGAUAUUAAAGCAAUGACUCCUUUAACUAUAGGUAUGAGCCAGGAUGAAUUUAUAAAGGUGCCAAAAGACACAAUGAUCGAACAUGAUGAAUCAAAAUGCACACAGUUUGGUGUGAUUGAAACAACAGUUGAUAAGGCAACUACUUUAAAAAAAAGAAAAACAAAAUUUGUUUUCUCUAUGUGAUGAAAAUGAUCUUGAUUCCAUAUUAGAUAUUUAAGAUGAUUAUUAUCCAAUAUACAUUACUUUAGAAGAAGAUUACUUUCGAAGCGUAUAGCGCCUCUACAAGAGUGGCCAGCGUCGGCCCAUCGAAUGGCGCAUGCAAUGGCUACGCCACUAAGUUUUCCACACGCUGACCCAUCGUAAUGGCCCACUACGCUGGGCCAUCUUGUAGAACCGCUAUUACAUUGUCAUUUAAAUGUAUAAAAUAGCAAA